UUCGUAUUGAUCAUUUGCGGUUUGCUUGUAUGCUCUAGAUUGGUGUUUAUUGUAUGAUUAAUUUGUAUGAGAAAAUUGAUGUUAAACUUUUAUUUUGAAAGAAACUUGUUAUUGUAAAAUUUUUACUACAAAAACCCACGGGUACCAAUGAACCCGCGGAUACCCAGCGGGUUGGGUUGAGUUUGAAUUUUUCAAACCCAACAGGUUUACCUCGAUUUUUUAUAUGGAUAAACCCAUGGGUUUAGAUUUGACAAAACCCGUCCCAACCCGACCAUUGACAUUCCUAGACUCCACCGUCUCAUUAAUAGCUCUGUCAGGACAGCUGAGCCCACCUAAUAAUAAUUAAUAAUACUUACUUGGAUAUAAACGCUAAUAAAUAGUCUCCACCUUUCAGAAAACAAACUGUGGGAAAAAUGGAGUUUGGAGGCUCUCUGGCUGUUCCCAACGUUCAGCAACUCGCCUCCAGCUCCAAUGACGUCGUGCCCGUCCGGUACAUACGUCCCGAACUCGAGCUCGAACGAGUUUCCAAUGACGAGUACUCUGGUCGAAUUCCAGUAAUCGAUAUAGGAAAGCUCGUCGAUGGUGACGAGGAAUCGGCUAAGCUUCUUCAUUCGGCCUGCAGAGAUUGGGGGUUCUUCCAGGUAAUCAACCAUGGAGUAGCAGAGGAAGUGAUUCUCAACAUGAAGGACGAUGUUCAAGAGUUUUUCCGCCAGCCGCUGCAACUGAAAAUGGAAUGUGCGCAGUUACCAAACGACCUUGAAGGAUUUGGCCAAGCGUUUGUUGUAUCGGAAGAGCAAAAGCUUGAUUGGGGUGACAUGCUUUAUAUUCUAACGCGACCUACUCAAGGAAGAAAGAUGAGGUUCUGGCCAAAAGUCCCCUCUUCUUUCAGGGCAACGCUGGACAAGUACUCAUCGGAGCUUGAAAAGUUGUCGGUGAUCCUACUAAGUUCCAUGGCCAGGAACCUGGGACUCGACCCUGACAAGCUGCUCUCGUCGUUCAAAGAAGGUUCGCAGAGUAUAAGAAUGAACUACUAUCCACCAUGCAAGCAAGCCAGCAAGGUCACCGGACUCUCCCCACAUUCGGACGCCGGUGGAUUGACAUUGUUGACUCAAGUGAACCAAGUGCAAGGACUGCAAAUCAAGAAAGAUGGGAAAUGGGUCCCCGUUGCUCCCAUCCCAGGUGCCUUCAUCGUCAAUAUCGGCGACAUCAUUGAGAUAAUGAGCAACGGAGAAUACAAGAGCAUAGAGCACAGAGCGGUGGUGAACCCGGAAAAGGAGAGACUGUCAAUUGCAGCAUUCCACAACACAAACUUCAACGCCAUGAUAGGACCAUUGCCAGCAAUCAUCAGUGGAGAUCAGAAGCAAGCGCCAAACUACAAAACCGUGUCUGCUAUCGAUUACAUCAAGCUCGUUGUAAGUUGUAAACUCGACGGAAAAGGCCUCGUUGAUCAGAUGAAGAUACAAGGAGAAGCAGCACCACAGAAUAAAAGCACUUGAAGCUUGCAGAUUUCAAAACUAUAGACAGUUGAAUGUUCCAGAUGUUCAUUGCGUAACAAUAUGUAGGAAUAUGCAAACAAGUACCGUUAUCAACCAAAAGAUUCAAACUUCCAUCAGAUAUCAUAAGAAAGGCACAACGAGGGAUCGCUUCAGGCCAUCUUGAUCAUAAUCUUCUCCCUUUCGGGUGAUAGUUGAAAACCAUUACAAUCCUUGGUAUGGCUAAGGAAACGAGAGACUAAAGAUUUUUUUCACGAUUAAAUGCCUUCAUCAUCAAUGUUGGAGAAAUCAUUAAGGUAUGCAAUAAAAUAAAGAGCCAGAAUUUGAAGAUAGCAGACUUUGAUAACAGUCGUGUGUACAAUAAUAUAUUAGUACAAUAUACUGUGCGAACCUCAACAAUUACCAAAAAAAUUGAGGCUUCCAUGAAAUCAACAAAAGCUAUUGCAACUGAAAACCAAGCUCUUAUGAACUCAAGGUUCUAGCCAAGGUCAACUAGUUCCACCUUCAAGAUCUUCCUGCAACAACUGACCGAUUAUGGGCCUUCUCGUUUUCAAUCACAUACAUUCUGCAGACUGGAAUUCACCUGUUCAUCAACAACAGUACAAAAGGAGAGAUUGUGGAAUGACUCGAGCAAUCAGAGAUCAGAGAAACAAAUACCAGCAUAACAGAAAGACAACGGAGUAAAAAAUAAUGAGCUUUGACAAACAAAGUAAUCUGCUAGAUUUCACAAAGAAGGGGCAUCAGUUCUCCAAGGUGAUAUAGCAUCAAUAGAAUUCAGACGCAAAUUACCCAUUUGUUGUAUGAGAUUCAUCCUCUGGCCCGAAGAAACACCACAUCAAACCAUUACAUAAGGAGAUUAAAAUCAAAACGAGGGACGAAAAUUAGAACCGGAAGAAGACAUUAGAAGGUGGGUAUGAGCGAUCAGAUCCUGUCGAGAUACGAUAUAACAUCACACAGUUAUAUUAGUCAGAGGAUUGACAGAGCAUGACUUAAUAUCGUCACCUCGCCAUUACCCACCUCCAUUCCCGCCACAAUUCUCAGCAAAAAACAGAGAGAAACAGUUGAAAAAUUAAAAAUCAAGAGGGUUUGCUCUUAAAUUCAUUUUGGGCUCAGAACUUCUUAGAGGGUUGUGUUUGCCGUCACCGACUGUAAAAGUUUCUGGCACACUGAUAACUUCUUCCUCACAGCUAACCAAAAACUUAAAAACAAUUGAAAACCCAUUAUCGAAACCAGAAUCAACCAAGAAGAAGAAAGCUAAACACGAGAA